AUGCGGUGGUCGCUUCUCAUCGCGUGCCUGGCGGGCUUAACCGUGGCCCAGGACAGUUCCUCAACCACAGACACCACCAAUACCAUCACCGAUGUAUCCACGGUUGAGACAGUCACCACCCCUGUUCCUGUGCCCUCUGGGACCUACGAGGAUGUGAGCACAACAAUUACACUGGGUGAUUCGACAGUUAUCACCACCACCCACUCCAAUGCUACCAUGACUAGCGGAAACCAGACCGUGCUCUCAACGACUACCGACUCCAUCACUCUGUUGACUGGCGGGGGAGGUACAACUACUCUCGGCAAUAACAGCAUGAAUGCUACAGCUACCACGGCCACAAACACGGCUACCAAGACCCCCGUGGUCAACACCCGGCCUUGCAACGGCUACCCGGAGUUCUGCACCAAGAAGUACUCGAACAUCACCAUGGUGACUGCCCACAACAGCCCGUUCGUGCGCCAGAACAACGUCGCUGCCAACCAGGCGUUGGAUGUGACGUCGCAAUUGAAUGAUGGUAUUCGCAUGUUGCAAUUCCAAACCCACUACGAGAACGGCACCAUGUACCUCUGCCACACUACCUGCCAACUGCUUAAUUCGGGCACCCUCGAGGCCUACCUCACCCAGGUCAACAGCUGGAUGCGCAAGAACCCCUAUGAUGUGGUGACCUUCAUGAUCGGUAACUAUGACUACGUCUCCCCUGAGAACUUCACCACUCCGAUCUACAAUGCCGGUCUGAAGGACCUCAUCUACACUCCCACCAAGGUGCCCAUGGCUCUGAAUGACUGGCCCACUCUCUCGGACAUGAUCCUCAGGGGCAAGCGCGCCGUCUUCUUCAUGGACUACCAGGCCAACCAGACCGCACUUCCCUGGUUGAUGGAUGAGUUCUCCCAAAUGUGGGAGACGCCUUUCUCGCCCACGGACAAGAACUUCCCCUGCACAGCGCAGCGCCCUCCCGGUCUGUCCGAGCAGGACGCUAAGAACCGUUUGUAUAUGGCCAACCACAACCUCAACUUGCAGUUGAACCUUGGUGCGCUGAGUCUGUUGAUUCCCAACACUGCCGAGCUCAAUGUCACCAACGGUGUCUCCGGCGAAGGCAGUCUUGGCUGGAUGGCGGAGAACUGUACCAAGAAAUGGGACCGCCCCCCUAACUUCCUCUUGGUCGACUAUUACAACUACGGUACACCCAACGGCACAGUCUUCGAAGUCGCUGCCGAUAUGAACAACGUCACCUGGGACGGUAAAUGCUGCGGCAAGGCAUCUGCUGCGCCCCGCGGAGUCUCCGUCGCCAGUGUGUCGUCGUUGCUUCUGGUGGCAGUCGGGGUGCAGAUGAUCAUGUCUGUGUUCUAA